AUGUUGACCUCCAACACUUCGAUCGCCGUCAAUCGGCCAAAGAAAAACUCCACAGCGUGUCUUGCAUGCAAGGCUGCAAAGCGAAAGCAACUGAUAUCUGUCGUCCUUCAAAAAAAGUGCUCCGGGCCACCGUCCCCAUGCCAGGCCUGUGUUGGGGCAGGUGCCGAAAGCGAUUGUGAAUUCGACCCAAGCCGAGACCUGCGCCGUAAAAUCGCUGUGAAACGCACAAUACGAGAGUUGUCGGACUUCAAAGACAUCCUGAACAAUUUGGUUGCCAAAAUUCGAUCGGCACCGCAGGAGAAGGUUGAUAAAAUCAUCGAUUUGAUUCGAGAAGACGCAUCAUUGGAAGAAAUAGCCCAUGCGGUGGGUAGUUCUGUGACGCAAUUCACGGAUUCAGGCACUUCAUCAACAGCAGGUCAAUCGACAGAGCGGGAGGAUGGAAGCAAAUAUCUGGAAACGUCUCCUAUGGAACGCUUCGAAGGAACGCUGGAUCGCACCUCCGCUUCCCCAGAGCAUGCCACCGAGUCGCUGAAGGCCGCAUCUGACCCGUACGCACGAGUGAGCUUGGAAAGCCUCUGUGAUAUCCCCAUUUUUAAAGUACCGGCCAAGCCUUGGACCAACGUCACCGCUAGCAACGACCUUGUGUCGAAUUUGAUUUCCUUGUACUUCACGUGGGAUCAUCCAUGCUCGCAGUUCCUCGACCAGCAUGUUUUCCUUGACCACAUGAAACGGGGAAAUUUGAAGUCGGAAUUCUGCUCCCCCUUCUUAGUCAAUAGCAUGUUGGCGAUGGCAAGCGCCUACUCCGAUAGUCCUGACGUUCUUUCUGACCCUGAUGACGCCUUCUCUCGUGGGCAAAAAUUUCUGCAAGAGGCUGAAAGGUUGUGGAAAACUCAAGAUGGAGAUUUGACAUUGACAAAUAUCCAGGCACUUCUCAUGAUGUCUUGCGUGAUCGAAAAUGGAGGCGACAGUGACGUCAACUGGGCUCCAUACCCACGACCAAGUCAAGUCGAUUAUGCCUCAAAGCCGACCCAGCUACCUCUGCUCAGACAGAGUCUUGUCCAUUUGAUGAGCAUCGCAGUGCACAUUCAGGAACUUCUUUGCGACGAAGAGUUACGCGAGAACAACUUUCACUUAGUGAAAAAAGCAGAGCAACCGUAUAAUCAGUUGACGGAGUGGCUUAAGUAUUGGCCUGAUGCAUCUCAGGUUGGCGAAGAUCCCGUUCCACACCUGCUCAUAGUCCGUAUCAAGUAUCGCCAAGUCAUCAUGAACCUCCUUGAGAAUUUGAUCAAUCGAAAUCAGCAGGGAAUGAGGGCGAAGCUUUUCCAGGGCAUGUGGAUUGAGCAGGCAAAAGAAAUAGCUGCAUGUCUUCGUAGUCACCGCCUGUCUUAUGGACUCAAAUAUCUUCCUACUGGUGUGGUUGAUGUUGUCCAGACGAGCCUGAGGCAUUUCGUGGAUCUGCUGGAUGGGGCUGUCCAGUCGCAGCACGCUUUCAUCGAGCUUUGUCGGUUUGGCGGAGCGAUUAGUCGGAGGUCCAAACCCACCGCCGUUGUUAUCCACCACAUCCAACGGGUGGCUCAAAUGGGAGUUGUAACACUGCCGCUUGAGGCACUCGCUAUCCUAGAUGAAUCUGCAGUUCGCAAAGGAUCAGAGCCAUGGCAUGGCGCCUUGUUCGAGCCUCGGGACUGA